UCUAUCUUAUUAAAAUAAAAGUAUCUUUAGAAAGUGUUUGGAAAUAUGUUUAGGAGUAAUCAAAAGAAUAUAAUAUUGUUUGUAAAUAUUGGUAGCAGUAUAUUAAGAAAAAAAGUAAUAAAUUUAUGUUAUUAAAAAAAAUUGGAAGUUCAUUAUGUUAUGAGAAACUAUAUAUCUAGACCAACUUUAAAAUAUAUGAAAUUACCCCAAUCUAAUUACCUAAAAACAUCUUUUGUCUAAAAUAGUCAUAAAACAAAAUUUAAACUUUAUAUACAUAUUUCAAACAAAAUAUUAAUUUAAAAUUGUUUUAUAUCAAAAAUUGAUCAAAAUAUACAUCUAUUCAAAAACUGAUUUUUACUAAACUAUUAUCCAACAAAACAUUAUAAAAUUGCUUUAAAUAUAUAUAAGAAAAAUACAAUACAAACCCCAAUUUCAAACACCAACUUAAAUAUGGUUUUAAAUUUCACAUUAAUUUUUAAAAAUAUAAUAUAUAUGAUUAUUUAUAUGAUGAUACAUAUAAAAUACUAUUAAUUAUAUAAGGGUACAUAUAAAAUAUGAUUAAUUAUAUAAUGACACAUAUGUGAUAUAUAAUUGUGACAUGAAAAAUAAUUAGCAACCCAUUUUAAAAAAUAUAAUAUAUUAUACUUAUAAGAAAAAACAAAAUAACAUUUAAUAAAAAAUAAUAAUAUAACACUGUCUACUUACAACAAAUAUAUAUUUAUAUAAAAGAUAAAGUAAACACCCGUGCGGGUGCACAUGUCAUAAUCUAGUACUAUUUAAAUGCAAAGUUCCGAUUUGUGACCCAGCCUACUAAACCACCCCCCCCCCCACCUCGCCCGAUCUUGUCAACAAAGUUGGAGAUGUUAGUAAAUAGAUGAUGUAAAUAAAGUAUGAAUUAGUUAGUUUCCUCCUCAUGUGUUCUGAUUUUUACCAAAACUCAUGCGUUCCAGACGACUUUCAACAUAAGUAGGCAAUAUAUUAUAUAUUCCUUUAUUGUUUUACAUCUGACAAUUCUAUCUAUCUUAUGAAGGUUCACUUUUAAUGUAUCACAUGAAUUGUCCUAUGAAAUUCACGUUUAUUGAUACUUUUUGUGUCUUACUGUAGGUCUUUUCUAAGUAUUUUCUCCAUUAAUUUUCAUAAUAAUGUCUUUUAUAGAACUCGAAACCCAAACUUCAUGGUGUAUAUCUUUCUUGCUAUUUAACUUAGUUUAUGGUGGUCAAGUAACAACUGCAAAGUUAAAACCAUUCUUAGCAAACAAAAAAGAAAAGCCGGAUACUAUUCUUCAGCUGAAACAUGCAAGAAGGAAAACAAAUAUUAUCAAAACAUUGUAUAUAUCUGCGAAAAGAAAUAUGUAACCAAAACUUACAUGUAGAUAAAUACGUUUUAUAUCUUUGUUGUAACCAAGCUUGGCAAACAAAACAAGGAAGACCGAGCCGGACACUAUUCUUCAGUUGAAACAUGCAAGCAGAAAAACAAAUAUGAUUAAAACAUUGUAAUUUUAAAGAGAAAUAUGUAACCAAAACUUAUAUUCAGAUUACAAAGAAACAAAUAUGAAAUCUGAGAUUAUAUAAAAUUUAAUGUUUUAGAAAUCAAUAAGCAAAAAUUAAGCGUUUUAUACGAUAUUACUGAUUAGGCAAACGUCUAAAUUAAUUCUUUUAGUGUAAAAAAAAAUCAUUUCGUUCAGAUUUCCCAACUAGGCGUACACGUAGACCAAUUUAAGAACACUGGUAGAAAUACUCAUCUAGUGAUUAUAAAUUAUAAUACAAAAAUGACAAAUGAUUUGACUAAACUAAUUAUAGGUGGUGCUAAGAAAUUCACAUAAAUUAAAAAUAAUAUUUAUUUCAUAACAUAAUGUUUUAUUAUAUAUAUAUAUGUAUAUUAAUGAUAUAUAAAAUAUUUGAGUGAAUAAUUAUAAUAUUGUCAAAUUAAUAAUUGCUGAAUUAUCUAAUUUAGUUGGGAAAUAUUUAUUUACUUUUCUAAUAGUUUGUUUCCUUCAUAUAAUACUUACAUAUCUUUUGUUUCCUUUUUGAAAGAUUUUUUUAGUUCCAAAUUUGUUUAAAUUUCUAUCUUUAUGUUAAUAUUAUAUAUAAAAUCUAAGUGAUAAAAGUUUUUAAUAUGUAAUUUUAGUUGAUAGUCAUGCCAAUAAGUUUUUUAAUAUAUGUUAAUAAGAUAAGAUAACGUUGUAAUAAACACUACAUUUGACUUCCGGGUUACCAAAUUAGUAUGAAGGGAAGAAACCAUCCUCUUCAUCAAUAUCUACUUCUCGACUUUUUUUAUUUAUAUUACGGAGAGAUCUUGUCUGACUUCUAACUUUCGAAGACUCUAAGACUUCUGGUCCAGUUUGUUUGGUACGUAAAAACUAGGUUCUCUUUUACAGUAUCUCUUAGUGUUGGAUUUGAUACGAUGUUUUCAUUGUUUAAUGGCAAAUCUUAUUGUUGUAGUAAUCUCGGAUCAGUUUGGGAUAGUAGAUUGUUAUGAUAAAAACCAUUUGUGCUCAUAUACGUUAAGAAAUUUAGUAAAACCCUAAGAAUUCUUUUUUUUUUUCCAGAUUCUAGAAUCUGCAACAAAAUAGAAGACAUCAUCAUCAUCAUCAUCCGUGAUGGCAGACUGGUCUCUUCUACCAGAGGAGCUACUGAACAUUAUAUCCGAGAAUGUGGAGGACUGUUUCGAUAUUGUUCAUGCUCGUUCUGUUUCCAACUCGUGGCGAUCCACAUUUUCCUUUCCUUGCAUGUUACGCCGCCAAAGUUACUCUCUUCCUUCCUUCGCCAACUUCCCUAGCGAAAGCAAAGACUUGUGCACCCUUGAGAAGAUCCCUUUGUUCCUCUUUCGAGUCCAAACUCCUCCUCCUGCCUCGGCUUCUGAGUAUUUUCUAGGAGGGAUAGGCCGAGAUGAGUCGGAGGAUCAGACAGAACUUCCAUCUCCUAUUCAGUGUUCAGUGAAAGCGAAGAUCCCAGGAUCUGAUCCAACUUUGAUGAACAUGCGUGACGGCCAGAUCUUCCCUCUUGGCCAUCAGUACAGAAUCAGUUGUGAUUCUAAAGAGUACAGAAGCCUAGCUUUUCUUCCCCUACACAAGGAGGGAAGAGAAGAAUUCAUUGUGCUUCUCAGCUUCGGUAGAUUUUUGUUGGCGUUAAGAAGUUCUGAAAUGAAGUGGGAGCUGGUUAUGGGAUUCAAAGCUCCUUCAUCUGACAAUAUAGUAACUUUCAGACGCAGGUUUUAUGUAACCAAUCAUGCGGGUAUGACUAUGAUAUAUACUUUCAGUAUCGAUCCUCUCUUGCACCUGACUGACGUGAUGCCCCUGAAUCAUACGUGCUCGCUAGUAUAUCUGGUGCCAUGUGGCAAUGAUGACGAACUUUUCCUGGUUGAGAAAUUCGGCUCUUAUUCUAGGGUAUCAAAUUUGUGUCGGUUUACAUGCAAAGUGAGUAGGCUACAUGAGGAAAGUGAUCUAUGGGUUGAGGUCAGUGACUUAGGAGACCGUGUGUUAUUUAUAAGACAGCAGGGAAAUGUCUCAUGCUCGGCUAAGGAGCUUCCUGAUGGUUGUGGUGUGAGUGGGAACUCAAUUCUGUUCACAAAUGAGCUAUACAAUGGAACAUACGUCUAUAAAUAUGGAGUGGAUACAGGAAGAGAGGAAGAUGAUCUCAACUGUUGGAGGUUCUCAGGAGAGAAUCGUGUGACGAUCCUCAGUACAUCUCCCGUGGUGAAUUUCCGCGUUGAACACUAAGCGGUAGAAAGUUUACAUUGGACUUGGUCAUCUGUUGGUGUUGUUUUUAUUUCUUGAAAUUGAAAACAAUGUUUUCUAUUGGACUUACUCAUCUGUUGUUUUUUUUUUAUCAGUUUAAUAUAAUUUUUUUCAUGAUUCUUGUUUUAGUAUAUUAAAGAGAUCUCAAAAUCAUGAGAGAAUUCUCUCAAAAUAUCUCCAAAUAUAUAAAAUUAUACAUUUUAAUAAACUAUUGCUCUAAUAAAUGUGCUUACACAAUGAAAUAUGAACCUGUAAGUAGACCUUGUCAACUUUUUUUUUUGUUUCAUGGCUGAUCUAUUUUUUCAGUUAUUUUUAGGGAUUGACGUUUGAGUUAAUUUCAAAUUUAUUUAGUUUUUUUUUGUGUUAAAGAUUUAAAUGUCAUUUGGAUAUUUUUAAAAUUUUGGUUAAUGUUCUAAUCGAACUUUUGUGGGUUUAAUUUGAGUACAUAUUUAAAUUUAUGUAAAAAUAUCAACUCAAAGUUCAAAAAUAGAAUAAUAUACGGUAUAUAAACUUGAAUAGUGUAUGAC